GACAGCUUGUGUGCGAUGUGCUUUGACUUGAUAGGAACACAGUAGGCCAGUCUUGGAGAGAGAGAGCGAGCGAGUGGACCGUUUCUGAAAGUGUAUCACGUACAUUCAGUCAAUUAUAUGCACAGAAUAGCUAGUUUUAUCUGUAUACACACACAUAUAUAGUGUAUAUAGUAUUGUGUAGAUUCUGAGAAGAAGGAGAUCUUUUCUUCAGAAGCUAUUGUUUAUUAAGUACCUGGGGGUUUUUGGUUUUUGUUUUCUUUUUCUCAUAUACUAAUGAAUAGAGAAAGUGAACGGUUGUUCAGGAUUAUCUAUGUUUUGUAAUUAUACCGUUAUCAUAGUCGUAAACAACUAAUACAAGAAAGGUGAGAGAGACUAUCGUUGUUCCCUCCUUGUUGUUAAUUGCUAUUGUUUAUAAUCCAUCACGAUCGUCUCACCCCUUAAUCUCUAGCACCAACUUAAUCCCUUGAUCGUUUAUCUUUACUAUCUUCAUCGUUUUCCCGCAUUAUUCCUCUUGAUUACAUUACCUACCGCCAUCAACGUUGAUGAGUCUCUUCAGGUGUCAUGUACCUUGUCUAAGACAAAAAGAAAAGCACUUCAAACAUUAAACAUCACCAGAAAUUAUGCAUGACAUUCGAUGGUUUGUUUUUACCUGUGUGCUUGUAAGCCACCAACUUGGAUUAAUAUUUGCCCGGAAUGUUAGAGAAUUACCCACUUGUAAUACCAAUGGGUUAUGUUAUCCAUACCAAUGGCAAUCUAAUAUCAGCACACAUGUUGAUAAAGAUCAUCACAGCCUAAAAGUGCGAUUUUCACAUACCCCACAAGAAAUGAAAUUUGUGUAUUACGAAGUGGAGUUAAUUGGAGGUAUUCGUAAUAUAACUAAAAAAACAGCUGAGAAGGAAGUUGUCUUCAACAAUAUCUGCAAUGGCAAAUAUACCAUAUCCGUGAGACCUUUCGAUCCUCAUCGUUCGGAAAGUGGCCGGUGUUUGUGUUACAAGUCAGCAGGACGUUGUAUAUCCUGUAAGCGCACCUUGAAAGACUUGACCAUCAGUGAACUAGGUAAGACAUCCUUGUUAUUGUUGUUGUUUAGCCCUGGGUCAGUCCUGAUUAACCAGUGGAGGCAUGUGACCUGAUGGUUAGGAUGUUGGAUGCAUGAUUUUAAAAUUGCAGUUUUGAUUGCUGGACCAGGUGAUGUGUUGUGAUCUUGAAUAAAACAUUUCAUUUUAUGUUGCUCCACUCCACUCAGCUGACAAGAAUGAGUACUCCUGCUGCAACCCUCUAACAAAAUCCAGAAUCCAGACUCUUGGAACAAAUAUGAGACAUUCCACUCUAAUGAUUUUGUUAGUUCGCCGUCUUCAAGGAAAAUUCCAAUGAAAAUUGAAAUAGCAAUACUUUUGUUGAUCACACAUACCCUGUUACCACUCCAACUGAAUCUACAACUGAUGUUAUGGUGAU